UGUCUGCUAAUGGGAUGUAGUGUUUUGUUAAUAUCGUUGUUGGCAUUAGAAUCACAUGUAAUAGGCAUUGUUGUUUUGUCUUCCUCAGUAUUUAGGCUGUGUCAUUUUUAUAACAAAUUUAUUUGCUUUAGGUUCUUUUUAAUUAAAGCUGUGCGGCAAGUUUACGCCACAGUACCGCACUGCUGUUGAUUAUAAAAUGUGUAUAUAAUUUUAAGAAAGACUAGUACUCGUCAAAUUCGCAGUAUGAGAGCGAUUGCUGUAUCUGUGUGGAUAUUUAUAAAUUUGGUUUUUAUAGGAAUGUGUGGCUAUAUUUAUUUAUUGUGGUCACAAUACUGGCAAUAUGUGGAAAGACAGCAUAAUCAGUUAGCUGGUAUUAUUAACAAUAAUCACAACAUUUAUAGCAGUAAUGGUCAGAUCUAUUUUUAUUAUCACGGUUCGUCAGAAACUAUUUCAAUGGGAGUCAGCUCUAACAGAGAGAAUCAAACUGUCAAAAAUUAUGUAACAAAUAAGAGUUCUCCAAGACAUCACUUAAGAAGCAGAUCAAAUAAAACGUCGACUACAGUCAUUAAAAAAUACAGUCAACCACGGUUUCCUAAACUCCGAGGUAUGGACACAGACGUAGAGAGCCAAGGACCGAGGUGCAGCGGUGACUCUUCAGAAUGCCUUGCUUCGCCAGACUUACCGUUGGUAAAUGACAAACUCUCAGCAAGGGUUGCCACAUAUAAAAGUCAACUCGUAGUUCAACUGCGUCGAGUUUUGUUGGAAGAGAGUAGCGUUUUUAAAGCUCGUGGAGAUGGUAAUAACCCUUACAAUGUUCAAUAUGCUGGCCCAAGAGGGUCAUACCAAGGCAAAAGUGUUCACGAAUUAGUUUGUGAGCUGCAGAACAAAGUAAAAAUCCGAACUCUUUCAGAGAAUGAUGAACCCUUUUCAACACUUGGUCUUAGUAAGCAGUUUCCAGAUGAACCUCUUUUAGGAAAACCAGGCAAGCAUUUCAACACAUGUGCAAUUGUUACUAAUGCUGGCUCUUUAGAUGGAUCAGGACUUGGUAACUUUAUAGAUACACAUGAUGUUGUUCUGAGGUUCAACCAUGCACCAACAGAAGGUUAUGAAUCUGAUGUUGGAUCAAAAACAACUCUGCGCAUUCUUAAUUCACAGGUUGUAUCAAAACCUGAAUUCAAUUUCCUUACAUCAGCACUUUAUCAAGGUAUCUCUCUCCUUGCUUGGGAUCCAAGUAAUUACUCAUCAUCUCUUGAAGAGUGGUAUGAAAAUCCUGAUUUUGAUGUUUUCACCCCAUACUUCAAACAUCGAGAAAAGUUUCCAGAUGCAGUGUUUCACUUGCUGGAUCCACGCUCACAGUGGCUUCUAUGGGAAUACAUACAGAGCCACAUUCCUGUACGUAUAAGAAAAAAUCCACCAUCUUCAGGAUUCUUAGGACUUGCACUAUUGCUUCCACAUUGUGCAUAUGUUGAUCUGUUUGAAUAUGUGCCCUCUGUGCGACUGACAAAACGAUGUCAUUACUGGGAUGUAGCUGAAGACCUUUCAUGUACAUUUGGUGUUUGGCAUCCUCUGGCAGCAGAGAAGCUUUUAGCAUUGGCUCUCAACACAGCAAAUGAUGUGGCUGUUUUCUAUGAUGGUUAUGUAAGAGUCCCUGGAUACAAAACAUUGGGAUGUUGAUCUUGUUUAUUUAUGUUUUCUUAAUAACUUCUUCUUCUUCUUCUUCUAACAACUAUUGUUAUUCACAAGAAAGAAAUAUUUAUAUAUAUUACAAUAAAUGAUAAUUUUCAAAUUUUAUUUUCAUGAAAUAGUUUUAUAAUGAUAUCUAGUUUGUCUUAUGUACUGUAUUGACACCAACAGACGCCUCAAAAUAAAUUCAUGUUUUGAUAACACACAGCCCCACUCAUUUUAAAGCAAAUUCCUCAAAACAGAAACAUCUAGUUUGUGAUCUUGGACAAAUUAAACUAAAGUGAAGUGUACAAAUACAAAUUUAGUACCACUGUAGUGUUAACAGUCAGGUCACUUUAUUCAAUGAAUUUACUCUAUUUCCAAGGUGGCACAGCAUUUCUUAGUAAUGAUUUGGGAAAAUGCAAAAUGAAAUCAGAGACAAAUCUUUAAUGCAGGUGAUAUCAUUAAUUAUACCUAGAUAAAAACUAAAAAACUGAAUCAGACAGACAUUGCAAAUUAAAUAUAAGGAAGAAAGUCAUCAUGUAACCUCUGGUGUGAGGUUUACCAAAUGAUGUAUAUGAGUAUGAGUGUCCUUUUAAAUUUUUUGAACAUUUACAGAAUUGCUAUUACAAAAGAUGAGCUAUUGUCUUGUUGGUAACUUACAAUUUGAUAGGAAGUAGCAUUGUGGUUAUGAACAGUCACUGUCAUUUCUGUGAUGCACCAAACAAAAUUCGUGUAGUUCAGUACUUUGUUAACACAUAAUUGUGGUCAAUAGCAGGAAGGGGAAAUAUGUUUCAUAACUUACGACAGAAGUAGUUUUCAGCCUGACUUACAGUAACAGACACCAUAGUUUCUAGCAAUUUCAUGUAAUGUAAAUAUCAAGUCUCAUUAUCUAUAGGAGUAGUUUUAUUUUUUAUUUGGAGUAUGGAUUUUGUUACAGAUGUGUACAGGAUUUUAACGAUGGAAUGAUUGUUUAUUCAUCAUUAUCGUAACUGAGUAUGCUACGUUAUGUUCAACUCAUAACAAUUCCAAAGGGGGUUACUUUAUGCCCACCUUUUUUAAUUAUUGUAAUCUAGGCAUGUACUUUAUAUUUUAAAAUUAUGGAGGAAAUAUUUAUUAUUUUUACUGAAUGCUUCUACCAAAUUCUUUAGUUGUAUUAAUUUUUUGAGGUUAACAAUCUAAAAAUUGAAGUGUAAUUGAUGUGUAGUAAUAGAUGCAACAUUUUACAGUGGAUGCCAUAUUCAAUAUUUUCAGGUCUGGACCAUACUUAGACAUCAGAAUCUCUUUAAAAAGUAUGUUGUUAAUAAAAGUCAAUAACAAUUAACAAAAUUUGCAUUUUUUUGUGGUGGCCAUAAAGUACCCUCCUCCCAUUUGUAGAAUACAUUAUAAAAAAAAAGGGUGUUGUUAUUGCUUGAGCUAAUUGCAUCAAGAGUAAAAUUUCCUCAAGAAAACUAUAAAAUUAUGAGACCUGGCUUUAGGAAGCAAAAUAUUUAGUAAUACCAACAAACACAUUUAACAGUAAACACUGUCCUAGCUUUCAGAACAAUUAGUUCCUUCCUGAAGGAGAAGAGAGGAGAGAAGAGAGGGAUAGGCCAGGGAGGGUUAAAAAGGAAGAGAGGUCACCCAGUAGAGCAUUGCAAGCACAUGCCCACCUGUGUGCUGUUUUCUCGGCAGCUGUGUGCGAGAGAAGACGAAUAAAUUUAGCACAGCUUAGUGGAAGUUGCCAAAGAUAUUUCACUGACUUGCCUAAUGACACAACUGCUUGCAUAGCCAAACGCAAAUCAUAUGAUGCACAAAGGCUGUGAAGUUCCAGUGUGUACAGGCUCAGUGCUCUCCCAUAGGCCUUGCACUGCAUUUUAACGUAGCUAAUCAUCACAUUUCCUUAGCCAUUUGGAAAAUUUGACAUGUCCAUUGGGUCACACUCACCAAGUGCUUGCCCACUUGGAAGCAAGCAAGACAGAAGCUGCACGGAUAGUUAGUGACGGGGAAUAACUGCUGCUCACUUGGCUCACUACAUGGUUACAGUGCUCAAUUGCUCAAACACAGCUGUUGAUAGGAUUGUCUCAUCCUAAAGUCUGAGUGACCUACCCUUCAUCUUUAACCUCGCCCAAUUGCCCAAUCGAUCCAUCUCUCCUCUCUAAGGAAACAAGUAAUAAUUCCCAAAACUAAAAUAGUUGCAUAUAUUUUUGUAUGUGCCUAUCAAUAGUACUAAAUCUGCCAUCUUCAGUCACACAUAAUCCUAAUAGCAUUUGCAACAUUUGUGGUCUAUCAAGCUGGGAAACUACCUCCAAAUGGACUACAAAAAUCUCCUGGGCUACAGUGCAUCUGCAUCAUGAGGGGUUUUCAAUAUUCUCUCACUCUCUUUGAGCAGACUAUUAGCCCUAGAGAAAAAAUGAAUGGGUCCUUUUUUGUAGGAAAUUAAAUGUACUUCAAUUUUGUAUUGGGAUAAGUUUUCACUAUAGGACACAGUUUUGGAGUUAUUCAAGAAAAACAUACGAAAGUGAUUUUCAGGUGCACCCCUUUCCCCCCCUCCCACACCA